AGUGCCGCAAAUCACGGGCUGUGACUGCGCCGCCGUUGUUGCAAAAGGGGCGCGGGCUUUUUAUUGUUACCGUCAUUGCAUCAACCUUUCAGCGGCUGCAUAAACGAGGCUCUAUUGAUCAGUGCGCGGUUGCGUGGGGGCAUCGUCAUCUGAGAGGAAGCGGCGAAUCAGGGAUGAAGAAACAGUGUUUCACCUGAACGUUUGACACUCGAACGCACCACCUGCGAAACAGACUUCCGACCAAAUGCAAUAAAAUAAACCGACAGAUCUGAUCUGUUAUUAUCUAGUCCCACUCUAGCAAGUUGUCAUCGCGUUCAUUGUCUUCAUAUGGCUUUAAUUAGCGGGACCGAAUCAGGAGAAUAGGAGUGAUAUAACACAGCCGGUCCAAGCCAUGGCAGUGAGGAUAUCGGAGGCGCUCUGUCAGCCCUGCGGUUACCAUGAAGCUUUUAAAGUGGAGUUACAGGUGAAGAGACCUCUGAUGCCUGUCCAGCUGAGUCCUGAGCAGGUGGGCCUGGAGAUGCUGUGUCUCUGUGGGCAGCUGGACCUCCUCAUCAGGUCACAGAUGCAGCAGGUAGAUUUCCAGGAGCAGUUAGGACAAGGUUGUAGCCCGGAGGAGUCGGACACAUUCCAGGCUCAAGGAUCUGAGAUUCUUGACCAGAUGCUGCAGUGCCUUGAACAUCUACCAAAGCCUAUGCCACAGUUAGAGGACUACCUGGACAUGGUGGGACUGUCAGCAAUGUUUCCUCGAGUUGAGGUGUUCCUUAUUCAAGGUAGUCCUGUUGACAUGCUGGAAAGGCCGCCAAUGGAUGAAUACUACUUCCACAUUGCCAAACUGAACCAGCUCCUUGUGCUGAGUCAGCAGCUAGAAGAGGAUAUCAGGCACCUUGGAAGUCAUAAGUACAUUGCCCACCAGCUCUCAGUUAUAUAUCAAGUCCUCAGCUCUUUCAGGGGAAUUCAGGUCUUCUCAGAAAUAAAGAAGGAUAUUGAGGCCAACUUCAAACAGAUGAAACAGUCUCUGGUGGUAGAGGAAGGCUCAAGGCACGAGCCUCAGCUGGCUGUUCAUUAUAUCAACUGGAUAUUAGAAAUAACUCAAAGCUUAACAUCGAUGGUGCUGUCACUGCCAGACGAGCUGACAGACGACGUUCACCAGGCCGUGACCUUCGUGUCUCAGUUCCUGUCCUGACUCACGCUGAGGAACGCCUCUGUAUCUAUGAAUCCUUCUCCAGGGCUCUCCUGCUUCAAAAGCAACUGAUUAUGUUACGACCAUUAAAAGGUGCUACAGAAUACGAUUCUACUGAAUAAUAGUGGGGUUGAAUAGCCCACCUGUUUAAGACCACAUAGGUUUUUUGUACAUCGUCUUUUGGAGUGCGGCCCUUAUUAGUCCCUGUGGUGAAUCAGUUGGUUGGAGCUGAAUGUAAGCUUAUUGAAUCCCAUCUUGCACUAAUGUUACAUUUUUUAAAACCUAAAGCAGAAUAAUAAAACUGAAUGCAAUGAACGCAAGUUGCAUGACAUGUUUGCUCUUUGUGGCUGAUAAACUCAUUGAUGGAUGAGUGUCAGAAUCCAAAAACCGCUAUAAAGGGACACCAGGUAACAUAAAGACCACAAAUUGAUACAAUUUGACACAAAAUAACCACAAAGUCACACCACACAACCACACAUCUACAGUGACUACAAAGUAGCAUUAGACUAAAGAUGCAAAAUGACCCUGAAGUAACAAAAAAUCCUGAAAAAAAAGGCAAAGGUAACAAAAAAUAUCAUGAGACAAUACCUUGAACUCAUGGGCCAGAUACCAGGACAUGGGCCAUUACAUAAUAUGUCCUAUUAGGAGACCAUCUCUCCUGGUAUGAGGAGAGAUAGGCCGGCAGUAGAAGAGCAUCACCACUCUCUUCAUACAUGGGAGCAAGUUCCCACAGAACACAUGGUGGUGAAUGUUACAUUGCUUACAUCAUCCAGCAUAACGGAUUUGGCAGUGGGUCAUUCAUUAUCUGGGACCACGUGCUCUCCAUGUAUUCACCAACACCAGAAUAUGUAAAAACUUCACGGAUGACGAAGACACAGAUGUCAGUGACUGGUCCUUGGGUUCCCCAGACUUGAAUCCAAUUGAGAACCUCUGAGAUGUUAUGUGUCAGUGCAUCCAAUGCUGCCAACAGCGCAACAGACUGUCCAGGAGCUCGCUGAUGCCCUGAUCCAGGUCUGGGAGAUCCCAAAGAACAGCAUCGGCUGUCUCAGUAGGAGCAUGCCCAGACAUUGUUGGGAGUGUAUGCAGACAUAUGAAGGCAACACACACACAGACACACACACACACACACUGAGCCACAUUAUGAUUCACGUUGGAUGAGCGUGUGAUUUCAGUUUUUAUUAACAGCAUGAAAAUGAAAAGGAUGGAAAAACCUUCAAAACCCUCAUUUCACUUCAGUCAUUGGUGCAACCUGAGAAAUGUUAUUGUUUUGAAUAUCAGGCCACAUAACCCCAACUAAUUAGGUAAAUUGGCAACAGGAAAGUAACACGAGCUGCUAUAAAAAGAGCAUGACUCCAUUAAAAGA